GCAGCCCUUCAGUUCGUCAAGUGCUCUCGGGAAGUGCAGUUCGUUUGGGAAUUCGAAGCAGCAGUCCUCAGACCAGAGACAGAGCGAGAGACUUGUGUGCAUGCUUUGAGCGUUCAGUUGCGUCAACGUUUUGCAACACACUUAGUGAAACACCAAAAACAGGAAACUGAUAGAUGACAUGUGCAUACCAUUAGAUAUACACUCGAACAGCUCGAUCUUGGUUCCGUGCAUAAAGAAGUGUUAAUAAGAGAGUACAAAGAACACGCGCCUACGUAUACUCGCCGCAGUGUCAUUUGUUGCAUUCGAAUCAAUUAAUUGUCAAUUGGUCCGAUCAGAUUCGUAAUCUCGACUACGCGUUAUGCAACCGAACCUGAACCGCAGCUGACUGAGGUGAUCAACGUGCGUGAUAGUGCCGCAAAUCAGAAUGUUCACCAUCCUUCUCGGUGUGACGGUGGCUUUGUUGUUUGCUUAUCUCAUCAAUGAAUUUCGACGACCAACCAAUUAUCCGCCGGGCCCACCAUGGCUUCCGGUGGUAGGGAACACACCGUACAUACGAAAGCUCGCGCGACAAUAUGGAGGACAGCAUAAAGUGUUCGAACUGCUGGGCAAAAUCUACCGCACCAAUGUGAUCGGGCUGAAGCUGGGCCGGGAGUAUGUCGUCGUUGCUCUCAACUACCCUGCCGUCAAUGAGGUCCAUCGGAACGAUGUGUUUGCUGGACGGCCCGAUAAUUUCUUCAUUCGCUUACGUACAAUGGGAACAAGACUUGGAGUAACUUGCACGGAUGGACCGUUCUGGGCGGAACAUCGCAACUUUGUAACGCGCCAUCUACGCCAGAUCGGUUACGGGCGACAGCCAAUGCAGUUGCAGAUACAGAACGAACUGAACGAGCUGGUGGAUGUGAUCCGUGACCGGCAGGGACAACCAAUAUGGCCGGCCAGCAUCCUUUCCACCAGUGUCAUCAAUGUCCUUUGGACGUUCGUGACCGGAUCGCGCAUUCCACGGGAAGACGAUCGGCUACAGCGAUUGCUCCGUUUGCUGCAGGAACGUUCGAAAGCCUUCGACAUGUCCGGCGGCGUGUUGAGUCAGCUACCGUGGCUUCGAUUCCUGCUGCCGGAAUGGAGCGGCUAUAACCUGUUGCGUCGUUUCAAUCACGAGUUGAAUGAAUUCUUUGCACCGACCAUUGCCGCCCAUCAUCGCAAUUUUAGCGAUGAUAAAGCGAAUGACGAUCUGAUCUACGGUUAUAUUAAGGAGAUGCGAGACCGAAGGGAUGAUCCCGAAUCUACAUUCACCGAUCUGCAGCUUACGAUGAUCAUACUGGACAUCUUUAUUGCCGGUGGACAAACGACGAGCACAACGCUCGAUCUAGCGUUCAUGAUGAUGAUCGUGCGACCCGACAUACAGGAUCGAAUUCGGCAGGAGAUCGACACAACGCUGCGACCCGACGAGCUGCCACAGCAAACUGAUCGAUCGCAGCUACCGUACACCGAUGCCUUUCUGCUGGAAAUUCAACGAUUCUUUCACAUCGUGCCGGUUAGUGGGCCACGGCGUACCCUUGCCGAUUGUACAUUGGGAGGCUACCGGUUACCCAAAAACACUACCGUACUAAUUGGUCUUCGAACCGUACAUAUGGACCCGGGCUACUGGGGUGAUCCGGAAGUGUUUCGUCCGGAGCGUUUUCUCGAGUGUGCAACGGAUACGACGGGCAAGGGUCAUUUGCAUACGGAUCGGUUAAUGUUCUUCGGCAUCGGGAAACGGCGCUGCUUGGGUGAGGUGUUGGCGAGAGCUUGUCUGUUUACGUUUUUCGUUGGAGUGAUGCAAAAGUUCGAACUACUUAAGCCGACGGAAGGAAAUCGUGAGAUGGAACCGUCGAUCGUGUUGCGACCGGGUAUUACACUCUCGCCCAAACCGUACGAAGUAGUGUUUCGUGCACGAUGAUGGAUAGGAGCUGGUGAGGAAAGUUUUAGUGAGAGGAAAGAAAAUGAACAACAGUUGCUAAAUCUGAACGUUUGACCAAUGUUUUCAUAGGGUUUAAAAAAUAUAGUAAUCUUCUUUUAUAUUCGUAUUGUAACAAUUUAUAAAGCUGCGUAGUUUUUUUUCACACCUUUUUAUUAAAUCAUGUUGAUAAUCGAGGAUAAUUUUCAAUAUUUCCCAGAAAAGGAAAACAAACAACUCUCUUCAAAGACCAACUGCUGCAUAUUGCAUACUUUUAGGCGGAUAUGUGCGAAUAAUGCUUUAAAUAAAAAAGAACAAAAAAUAUUAAAAAAAA